AAGGCUUUGGAUGUAUGAGGGUGAUGUUUGGGUAAAAUUCCCUUUUUAUUAUUUUAUUUCAUUUUUUUCUUGACCAAGUUGUCCUGUAUCAGAACACCAUUACAGGAAAAUGAGAAGUUGGUACUAGAAGUGCCGUCAGGGAACCAUCACUUCUUAUUUUCAGGGAAGACGCACGACAGAGAAGACUGAUAAAGCAACACAGACGCCUCUGACCGGCCAGCGGUCCGAGAUGUUUCUCCUGAUCUUUGUUCUGGGACUUCUGUCCUGUCAGGCACAAGGGUGGUCGCAGCCUGUGAUAAGGCUAAACCCAAAGGAUAUGGUUGGAUCUGAUGUGGUGUUGAACUCAGGGUCUCCACUCAUUCUGACGUGUGAGGGUGAAGGUCCAGUGAAGUGGAGUCCUCGUCUGUAUAAACACAAACAUUACAGCAAGUCGAGUGGGAACAGUUGCACCUUCAGUGUGGAGAAAGCCACCGUCGAGUUCACAGGCACUUACAAAUGCAUGUACCAUAACAAAAGUGCCCCAAACUUCUCAUCUGUGCAUGUAUUUGUAAGAGAUCCAAAGGUUCUCUUUGUGUCCCCAUUCACCUUGCGGAGCGUGGUCAGGAAGGAAGGAGAGGACGCCAUCCUGCCCUGUCUCCUCACUGAUCCUGCAGCCACUGAUGUGCAGUUGCGGAUGGACAACGGGACUGCCCCACCCUCUGGCAUGAACAUGACAUUUGACCCCAAGAAAGGGAUGCUGAUCCGGAAUCUUCACCCUGGAUACAAUGCUGACUAUGUCUGUAGCGCAAAGACACAAGGCGUGGAGAAAGUGUCCAUAGUCUUCAGUAUCAACGUCAUUCAGAGGGCUCGAUUUCCACCAUAUGUGUUCCUAGAGAGUAAUGAACAUGUGCGAAUUGUUGGUGAGAGACUACAAAUCAGCUGCUCUACACACAACCCAAACUUCAACUACAACGUCACCUGGAGGCACUCCUCUAGACCGUUACCACUCCCAGAGGAGAAGGCUACAUCAAGAGGUGAUGGGCUGGCUAUUGUAAGUACUCUGACCAUUCCUGCGGUUCGCCUGUCUGACUCAGGGAACAUCACCUGUACGGGAAUCAAUGACGCUGGAGUUAACAGUUCUACCACAGGCCUGCUGGUCAUCGAGAAGCCAUUCCUUAGACUCACUGCUAAACUGCCAUCCGGGCUGUCUCAUCAAGGUCUGUCUGUUGAUGUUGCUGAGGGAAAGGAUUUAGAGUUGGGGGUCCACAUAGAGGCAUACCCACCCCUGACAUUCCAUGGAUGGAAGUUUCCCAAAGCAUCACAACCAGAAAUUCCUCUGCUCUUCAGGAAUAAUCACAGGUAUGAGGCAAGGCUGCUUCUUAAGAGGCUGAACUCCAGGGACCAGGGAGAAUACACCUUCCAUGCCAACAGCAGCAAGGCUAACGCUUCCAUAACGUUUCGCAUUCAGAUGUACCAGAAGCCUGUUGUUGUGCUCAGACAGUCUAAUGGAAGCUCCCUGACGUGCACGGCAUUUGGCUACCCAGCACCCUCCAUCCUUUGGUACCAGUGCACAGGGACCAGGCCAACAUGUAUGGAAAACUCUACACUGGAGACCCUUCAGCCAAUCCCAGCAGAGAUGGUGGAGGUGCAGAGGGAGGAGUUUGGGGCAGUGGAACUAGAAAGUGCUCUGGCCAUUGCACCAUCUGAUCAGACGAUGACCGUAGAGUGUGUGGCAGUCAAUGUGGCUGGUCAUGGCAGCGAUACAUUUCCCAUACAAAAGUCUGAAAAACUGUUCACUGAAGCUCUGACUGGAGCCAUAGGUGUGAUGGCUUUUCUCCUUCUACUCAUUAUCUUCCUUCUGUACAAGUACAAACAGAAACCCAGGUAUCAGAUUCGGUGGAAGAUCAUUGAAGCCACAGAUGGAAACAACUACACGUUUAUUGACCCCACUCAGCUGCCUUAUAAUGAAAAAUGGGAAUUUCCAAGAGACAAGCUGAAACUAGGGAAAAUUCUGGGUGCAGGAGCUUUUGGAAAAGUGGUGGAGGCUACAGCAUAUGGUAUGGGGAAGCAGGACAAUGUGACUCGUGUGGCUGUGAAAAUGCUCAAAGCCAGUGCCCAUACAGAUGAGAAGGAAGCGCUGAUGUCAGAACUGAAGAUUCUGAGUCAUCUGGGACACCACAAGAAUAUUGUCAACCUGCUGGGAGCCUGCACAUAUGGUGGUCCUGUGCUGGUCAUCACUGAGUACUGUUGCCAUGGUGACCUUUUGAACUUCCUGCGGGGCAAGACUGAGACCUUCUUGAACUGUGUGAUGACAGUGCCGGGCAUCAUCGAGGAGAGGAGUGACUAUAAGAACGUCAUCUGUGAGAGGAUGUUUAUUAGAAGUGACAGCGGCAUUUCCAGCACCUGUUCGGAGAGUUACCUUGACAUGAGACCUGUAGGGCCCAGACCAAACUCAACACAGGCUUCUUCCUGUGGGGAUCAGUUAGUAGACUCAUGGCCGUUAGACAUAGAUGACCUGCUGAGGUUCUCCUAUCAGGUGGCUCAGGGACUCGAGUUCCUCGCAGCUAAAAAUUGUAUCCACAGGGACGUAGCAGCCAGGAACGUCCUUCUGGCGGAUGGACGUGUGGCGAAAAUCUGUGACUUUGGUCUGGCCCGAGACAUCAUGAACGAUUCCAACUAUGUGGUCAAAGGAAACGCUCGUUUGCCAGUGAAGUGGAUGGCUCCAGAGAGUAUCUUUGACUGUGUUUAUACAGUACAGAGUGAUGUGUGGUCUUAUGGUAUUCUGCUGUGGGAGAUCUUCUCUCUGGGAAAAAGCCCGUAUCCAAACAUCCUGGUGGACUCCAAGUUCUACAAGAUGAUCAAGUGCGGCUAUCAAAUGUCCCGUCCUGACUUCGCCCCACCAGAAAUGUACACCAUCAUGCAAAUGUGCUGGAACCUGGAGCCCACAGAGAGGCCAACUUUCAGCAAGAUCGGUCAGCUCAUUGAGAGGCUACUUGGAGACACACCUGAUCUGUACCAGAAUGUCCAGUCUGGAGAUCAGGUGCUUAAUGAGCAGCAGCUGGAAGCAUGUGACCCUGCCAAGGCCAAUGAAGAGUCAUGUGAACAAGAAGAGGAGGAGCAGCCCCUGAUGAAGGCCAACAACUAUCAGUUCUGUUGAGACCUGUACGAGCUAUCCCUCUCACUCUUACCUGUGCACUGUGAAACGUCCACUCACUGGUGAUAAACCCCGUCGAGGAGGAUCCACUGAUAUCUGCAGCUAUGUUUCAGCACAGGGCCAAAUUUCUCUGUGUUGCUCGUGCGACGAAAAGGCCAAAUGUUAGAGUUAGUGCAGCAUGGCAUCAGAGCUUCGUGAGCCGACCUAGAAAUCUCUUCUAUCUUUCUGGUGGUUGUACCAUUACGGGACUUUCUUUGGGAAAUUCUUUAAACCACACGUUUCCAAACACUCGUCUUUAGUUUCCUCUGAAAUGUAGCAAAUCACAUCGAGUCAUUUUAGAUACAUAUUCCAUAUCCUUUGCCUGACUUAUGUAAAUAGCAGUUCCCUCUUUGGAUGUGUCGAAAACAGCUGGUUCAGCAUGUUCCAACUUCCUGAUCAUAAGUGAACUUCAUGUCAUCAAGUUAUUUUCGGUCGAUUCUUACAGUCUGGUGGUCAAGUGGUCUUGAGCAUUCUUGUGUUUCUUUGUUCUUUUGUGUUCUUUUUUCUGUAUGUUUUUUUAAGGUUUUUAUGAUCCUUUGAUUCGUCAAAAUGAAUAAUCUUGCAAAUGUAUUGCUCCUUUCAGACAGUCGUAUGUAUAAAGUUUGAACAUCUCAGUGAAAAUUAAUGUGUUUUCCGAGUGAAAAUAAGUUAACCCAUCCUCUACAUGGAGCUUAAAUACAGCAUUUGUCUGAAAUUUUUUGUGCACAAUUUCUAUUCAUUUGCUGAGUUUAACAUAUUGGGGGGGGUUGCAUAUUGAAUGUGGCAUAAUUUUUGCAGACAUGACAAAUGUUGUGUUUUAUAAAUUAUGGGGUCAAUGUUAAUAUCAACAAAUAAACAGUAAUUGUGCAAUAAAAUCAACGUCAUUUGGCCAGGGUGCCCAAACUUUUGCACACAACUAUAUAUGCAUUUGCAAGGUUGGAACACAUCACAUUAGUUGGUUCAAAUAUGAUAAGAAUGCAUCAUAUGAAAGUUCACUGAGUAAAGAGUUACUUUUUUGUCAGUCAUUAACUGUAUGUAAUGUAUCACUGUAUGUAAUGUAUCACUGUAUCAGAAUCUUUAUUGUUGGUGCGUUUCUUGUUUAUUAAGAUGUAUACAGUAUAUUUGUGCAUUUAAUGUAGCAUUGAGCUUACACUGCCAUAUACUGAGCCUCUGAUCUGCUCAAGGCUCGUCCAUAGAACACGAUAUCACUGAGUGCAUACUAUUGUCAUAAAAACAGGUUCAUUUUUAGCUACAAGAUUUACACUUUGCUCAUAAUAAAUAGGGUCCUGUCAGUUGGUGCAUUUUAUUGAUUUAUUUUAAAAUCACAAAAGACAAAAAUAUAUACUUUCAGUGUUUCAGCAGGUAUCUGUUGAGGUUGUGUAGCACGUUUACUUUUGAAACUGAAGCUCUCAAGAAUAAAUACAUUCUGACUCUGUUAAGUAUAUGGUGUAUUUCACUCGCUCAGAUCUGUCAUAAGCUAUUCAAUAAAGCCUAAGAAGAUCUUGGAAAGCUUUCGGAGUUCCAUCUUUCAAUAACUAGAGUUAAAACGUCUUUUUAAUGCUUUAAUGCACAGUUGAAGUUGAUUAUAUUCCAUUAAAUUUUUUUAUUAAACUUUUUAAGCUGUUCUAGCUUUGCAGAUGUUAAAUACAUCACUUGACUUCAUUUAUACAGAAUCAUUUUAAAUGGGACCACUCUGACUACGCAACACUGUGACAAGAGUUGGGUCUGAUUUUGUGAGUUGAAUAUGAGAUGCUGCAACACUGCUUUUGUGAGUUAACGUUAAAUUUAAAAUGCUGCAACACUGCUUUUGUGAGUUAACGUUAAAUUUAAAAUGCUGCAACACUGCUUUUGUGAGUUAACGUUAAAUUUAAAAUGCUGCAACACUGCUUUUGUGAGUUAACGUUGAAUAUAAGAUGCUUCAACACUGAUUUUGUGAAUUAAAGUUGAAUAUAAGAUGCUUCAACACUGAUUUUGUGAAUUAAAGUUGAAUAUAAGAUGCUUCAACACUGAUUUUGUGAAUUAACGUUAAAUUUAAAAUGCUGCAACACUGCUUUUGUGAGUUAACGUUGAAUAUAAGAUGCUUCAACACUGAUUUUGUGAAUUAAAGUUGAAUAUAAGAUGCUUCAACACUGAUUUUGUGAAUUAAAGUUGAAUAUAAGAUGCUUCAACACUGAUUUUGUGAAUUAAAGUUGAAUAUAAGAUGCUUCAA